AUGAGCGACAAACCCGAGCCUCUCUUUGUUGACUUACAUGACAACUCGAAGCCUGCCGAGAUCGAAAGCAUGUGCAUGAGGUGCCAGGAAAAUGGUACUACGCGCAUGCUCUUCACCAAGAUCCCCCAUUUCAAGGAGAUCAUCAUUAUGGCAUUCGAGUGUCCUCACUGUGGUUUCCGUAACAACGAGCUUCAAAGCGCCGGUGCAUUCAAUGAAAAGGCUCAGACCGUUACUUGCAAGGUGUCCGGCAAGGAGGAUUUGGAUCGUCAAUUAGUCAAAUCUGAUUUUGCUGCUGUCAAAUUUGAAGAGAUUGAUCUCGAAGUUCCUGCAAGCCGUCGACGUGGAUUGUUGACCACCAUUGAAGGUCUUAUUGGCAACGUGAUUGAUGAUUUGGAAGUGGGUCAACCUGUUCGCAAGCACACCGACGAGAAUGUUUACAACCAAAUCGAAGCCAUCCUUGCUAAGUUGCGAUCCUAUCAAGAAGGCCAACAACCCUUCACUUUGACCAUUGAUGAUGCUUCCGGCAAUUCGUAUAUCGAAAACAAGUGUUUGCCAGCACAAGAUCCCAAGCUCACCAUCAAGUGGCACAAGCGUACAGCUGAAGAAGAUGCAUUUUUGGGUCUCCAACACCAAGAAGAGCAACAACAACAACAACAACCCGAUGUCGAGGGUGAUGAGGUUCCUGAGGUGAUGACUUUCCCUGCCAACUGCUCCCAUUGCAAUGCCCCAAGCACCACCAACAUGCACGUGAUGGAUAUUCCUCAUUUCAAGGAAGUCGUUAUUAUGGCCACGAAUUGCGAGCACUGUGGAUACAAGAGCAAUGAAGUCAAGGCCGGUGGCCCUAUCUCUGCCCAAGGCAAACGCAUCACUUUGAAGAUCACUGAUACUGAGGAUUUGUCACGUGAUAUUCUCAAAUCCGAGACUUGUGGAUUGUCGAUUCCUGAGAUUGACUUGGAGCUCACCCCUGGUACCCUUGGUGGUCGUUUCACUACUGUGGAAGGAUUGUUGCGACAAGUGCAUGAUGAACUUGAAGAACGUGUUCCAUUUAUGCAUGGUGAUUCCACUACCGAUGAAAGCAGAAAGCGCUGGGAUGACUUUUUGAAGAGACUAUCUGAGGUGGCAGAUGGUCAACGUAUACCCAUCACCUUGGUCUUGGAUGAUCCGUUGGCCAACUCUUAUCUCCAGAAUUUGUAUGCCCCAGAUGAUGAUCCAGAAAUGACCAUCGAAAUGUACGAUCGUGACUGGGAGACAAAUGAAUCCCUUGGUUUGAAUGAUAUGAAGUUGGAAGGAUACGAGAAGGACCAAGCAAACAAGAAUUAG